AUGGUUCUUCCAACAGCACUGCAAGACUUCCUGACUACUGCUCUCUCCACCCCUAAUCUCUCCUUCUACCUCAACGGAACCCCUAUCGUCCUCGCCAAUCCUAACCCCCACUGGACCCUCCUCGACUUCAUCCGCUCCCAACAUGGCCUGAAGGGCACCAAGCUGGGCUGCGGCGAGGGCGGUUGCGGUGCUUGCACCGUUGUGCUGCAGACCCGCGACGGGCGCGCGCAGAUCCGCCACCGUGCUGUGAACGCCUGUUUGUAUCCGCUCAUUGGAGCCGUAGUGGCCGGAAAGCAUGUCAUCACCGUUGAAGGGCUCGGGAAUGUGGAUCAUCCCCAUCCGCUUCAGGAAAGGCUGGGGAAGCUUCACGGGUCGCAGUUAAGAUGUGGCUUCUGUACCCCGGGUAUAGUCAUGUCGUUAUACGCUCUCGUACGGAACGCAUACGAUCCCCAGACUGGCCAAUUCAAUUUGACGGAGGAUGAGAUCGAAAUGAAGGGUCACUUGGAUGGCAAUCUGUGUCGGUGCACGGGCUACAAGCCCAUUCUGCAGGCGGCGAAGACGUUUUCGGACACAUCGCGGCCACAAUCCUGCGGACGUCCAGGUGGCUGCUGUCGUGAUACUCCGGGGUCGUCCUGCUCAUCUUCUUCGGAUCGAGACAGCUCGCGCACCAGUAUCUCGACCCCAGAUACAGAGCCAGAAAAGGACUUGGCCAACACAGUACCACAGUUCGACUUCAAGCCGUAUAUUCCCAACACCGAGCUCAUCUACCCCCCAGCCCUGACUAAGGCGACCCCUCAGCUCGUCUGCUACACCGACGACCGCAAGGCCUGGCUGCGCCCGGUGACACUCGCCCAAACCUUGGACAUCCUGGCCCGCUGCCCAUCGGCCACCCUUGUCGGGGGUGCCAGCGAGGUCCAAAUCGACAUCCGCUUCAAGGGUGCCGAGUUCGCCGUGUCCGUCUUCAUCGGCGAUCUAGACGAGCUGUCAUACAUCAAGCCCGUUGAGAAAGAUGACACCAUCACCGAGCUGGUAGUCGGCGGCAAUACACCCCUCACCGACAUCGAAACUGAAUGCAACCGACUCAUCCCAGUCCUUGGCCCUCGAGGAUCCGUCCUCUCAGCCACAGCCAAAGUCCUCCGCUACUUUGCAGGUCGCCAGAUCCGCAACGCCGCCUCACUAGCCGGUAACAUCGCCACGGCGUCGCCCAUCUCCGACAUGAACCCUGUGCUCCUAGCCAUCAACGCCACCAUCGUCGCGCGCACCCCAACCCAAGAAUUCACCAUCCCCAUGACCAACAUGUUCCUCGGCUAUCGCAAGACCGCCCUCCCUAAAGACAGCAUCAUCACCUCGAUCCGCAUCCCUCUUCCACCGCCAGAAACACGCGAACUCACCAAAUCCUACAAACAAGCCAAGCGCAAAGACGACGACAUCGCCAUCGUAACAGCCGCCUUCCGCGUGCGCCUCGCCCCAGACAACACCGUCAGCGAAAUCGCCCUCGCCUAUGGCGGCAUGGCUCCGACAACCCUCCUAGCCAGACAGGCCAUGGCCAUCCUCCAGGGCAAGAAAUGGGGCAUACAAGCCGCCCUGGACAGCACGCUCGACGCCCUCCUCCAGGAUUUCAAUCUGCCUUACUCGGUCCCCGGUGGAAUGGCGCACUACCGACGCACUCUGGCUACAUCCCUCUUCUUCCGUUUCUGGCACGAAGUUAUCUCCGACCUCAACCUCACCUCCACAACCGCCGACCCAUCCCUCGCGACCGAAAUCCAUCGCCACAUUUCCCACGGCACGCGCGACAACCACAACCCGCACGAACAGCGCGUCGUCGGCAAACAACUCCCCCACCUGUCCGGUCUGAAACACGCCACCGGAGAAGCCGAAUACGUCGACGACAUGCCCCCGCAGCACCGGGAGCUCUUCGGCGCGAUGGUCCUCUCGCAACGUGCCCACGCCAAGCUACUCUCCGUGGACUGGACGCCCGCAUUGCAGCCGGGUUUGGCCCUGGGAUACAUAGACCAUACGAGUAUCCCCGCAGAGAAGAAUAUCUGGGGCCCUGUGGUGAAGAAUGAGCAGUUCUUUGCUGUGGAUGAGGUGACUUCGCACGGGCAGCCGAUUGGGUUGGUCUAUGCGGAGACGGCGCUGCAAGCGCAGAUGGCGGCCAGGGCUGUGAAGGUAGAGUAUGAGGAUCUGGAGACGAUACUCACGAUUGAUGAGGCGAUCGAGAAGGAGAGUUUCUGGCCCCAUGGGAAGGAGUUAAGGAAAGGGGUGGCUGUGACGCCGGAGAGGAUGAAGGAUGUUUUUGAGAAGUGUGAUCGGGUUUUCGAGGGUGUUAUUCGCAUGGGCGGGCAGGAGCACUUUUAUCUCGAGACGAACGCUGCGGUGGUGAUUCCUCAUUCGGAGGAUGGGAGUAUGGAGGUUUGGUCGUCGACGCAGAAUACGAUGGAAACCCAAGAAUACGUCAGCCAGGUGACUUCAGUCCCCGUAUCGCGCAUCAACGCCCGAGUAAAACGCAUGGGUGGCGCCUUUGGCGGCAAGGAAUCCCGCAGCGUGCAACUGGCGUGCCUACUUGCUAUUGCAGCCAAGAAAACGCGACGCCCUAUGCGCGCCAUGCUCAACCGCGACGAAGACAUGAUGACCUCUGGCCAGCGGCACCCCUUCCAAUGUCGCUGGAAAGUGGGUGUCAUGAACGACGGAAAGCUUAUCGCCCUCGACGCAGACGUAUACAACAACGCGGGAUUCUCCUUGGACAUGAGCGGUGCCGUGAUGGACCGGUGCUGCACGCACAUCGAAAACUGCUAUUACUUCCCCAACGCGCACAUCCGCGGAUGGGUGUGCAAGACGAACACGCAUAGUAAUACUGCCUUCCGGGGGUUCGGUGGGCCGCAAGCCAUGUUCAUCGCCGAGAGUUAUAUGUCUGCUGUUGCAGAGGGGUUGGGGAUGGAUAUUGAUGAGUUACGGAUGAGGAAUCUGUAUACCCAGGGGCAGAGGACGCCAUUCCUCCAGGAAAUCGAUCAGGACUGGCAUGUUCCAAUGCUGCUGGAGCAGGUUCGCAAGGAGGCGCGGUACGCGGAGCGCAAGGCAGAAAUAGCAGAGUUCAAUAAACGCCACCGUUACAGAAAGAGAGGAAUCUCACUUGUCCCGACGAAAUUCGGCAUCUCCUUCGCCACAGCAGUCCAUCUCAACCAAGCAGGCGCGAACGUCAAAAUCUACACCGAUGGCUCAGUACUUCUGAACCACGGCGGCACUGAAAUGGGCCAGGGCUUGUACACGAAGAUGGUGCAGGUCGCAGCUCAGGAGCUGGGUGUUCCGGCAGAGAGCGUCUACACGCAGGAUAGCUCGUCGUACCAGACGGCGAAUGCGUCACCGACUGCUGCCUCGUCAGGGAGUGAUCUGAACGGAAUGGCAGUUAAGGAUGCGUGCGAUCAGCUGAAUGAGCGGUUGAAGCCGUAUCGGGAGAAAUUCGGCAAGGAUGCUGAUAUGGCGACGAUGGCGCACGCCGCGUAUCGCGAUCGGGUGAAUUUGGCGGCGAGUGGCUUUUGGAAGAUGCCCAAGGUGGGGUAUCAGUGGGGGACGUAUGAUGUGGAGAAGGUGAAGCCGAUGUAUUAUUAUUUUACUCAGGGCGUCGCGUGCACUGAGGUCGAGCUCGACCUGCUUACGGGUGAUCAUACUGUGCUGCGCACGGAUAUUAAGAUGGAUGUGGGAAGGUCCAUUAACCCUGCUAUUGACUAUGGGCAGAUUGAGGGGGCCUUUGUUCAGGGACAGGGAUUGUUUACGAUGGAGGAGACACUCUGGACGCAGAGUGGCCAGUUGGCGACACGGGGUCCGGGCACGUACAAGAUUCCCGGAUUCAGUGACAUCCCGCAGGAGUUCAAUGUUAGUUUCCUGCAAGGUGUAUCGUGGAGCCAUCUCCGCUCGAUCCAGAGCAGCAAGGGUAUCGGUGAGCCGCCGCUGUUCAUGGGGUCGACGGUGUUAUUUGCGUUGAGGGACGCGUUGAAGAGCGCGAGGGCGGAUUUCGGUGUACAAGGACCGUUGGUCCUGGAUAGUCCAGCUACGGCGGAGAAGUUGAGGCUGGCGGUUGGAGAUGACUUGGUGAGAAAGGCAGAGGUGAAGAGGAAGGAGGGGGAGAAAGGGUUCUUCGUUGCUGUUGCAUGA